AUGCUGCACACUGCCAUACAAGACUACCCUGAGAGUCACCUGAGAAAGUGUGGGCAUGGGGGCGGUCAUGGCUGGGGGACUCUUUCUGAUGGACUUUGGCUGUCUGCCUUCCAGGGACACGUGAAAUAUUUAGCAAAGAAGAGGAAGGAACUCAAAGUGUUGGAGGAGAUCGUGCUCCUGCAGCAGGCUGCUCAGCUCUACAGCAUAGAGCCCGAGGAGCGAUUCGGGGCCUGGUUCUGGGCCCUGGAGCGGCUCAGCGAGAAGGAGAGUUACACCCUGUCCUGCCAGCUGGAACCCCGGUCCUAGUUGGCCUGCACAGCACUCAAGGCCAAGAACAUC